AUGAAUGUAAAAGUUGUUGGACUAAAACAAAAUACAAUAGUUAAAACAUUUUCUAUUAGUAAAAAAAAACUUGAAGAUACUGUUUAUUUUGGAAAUAAAUUAGGUCUUAAACAAUUGAAUAUCAUUAGUAUUAAUAUGGAUGAUUUUACAAAUGAAGAAGGUGUUAAAGUUACAUUAAAUAAAGGUGAUGGUGUAAUAAAGUAUGCAACAGUUUAUACACCAUUAAAUGGUAAUGGAAUUAAAAGUCUAGAAGUUGCUAAAUUUGAUAUGUAUUGUAAUGUAUUUGUCUGUGAAGGAGGAAUUGUAUUGCUUUCUACCAAAAAAUUUGGAUCUGAAGAUGAUGUUAAUAUUGAUGAUGUACCUCACGCUUUUUUUUUAACAUAUUUUAGUACUAAAAAUUACAUAGCUAAAACUUUACCAACUGAUGUUAAAGUUCCAAAUGCUUAUGAAUGUCCAAAACAAGGUUGGAUUCAUCCAAAAAGUUUAAUGAAAUUUGAAUACCAUCCUUCAACAGGACCAAUUGAUGCAAAAUUAAUUCAUCAUUCUUUGGACCAUAAUUAUUUAUACAGUAAAGUCUAUAAGCAAAUAUUUAUGUCUCCAUUAGUACCUGAUAAAAAUUCUACAAUAAAAACUUGCAAUAUAGUUACAAUGUAUGAUAAAUCAGUUUUAAAGUGGAGUUAUGGUUUAAAGUAUGAAACAAAUAAUGUACCAGAAAGUAUUAUAGAUUUUCAAGAAGUGAAUGGUCAAUCAUUAACUUGUAGAGAAGCAAUAACAAUUCAGAAUAGUCACAAUUAUCUUUUUAUUGCUUAUAUAGACAAUAAUGCCGUUGGAAAAGACAAAAGAAAGUUUAGUUAUCAAACUUUCAUUCCAACCCAUUUUUAUUAUAAAUCAAUAUUUUUAGUAUACAAUAUUUAUGGUGGUGACGAUAGAUAUACUAAUUUAGUUGAUGCACCAAAAAUUCCAUUAAAAGCAGUAUGUUACUAUAAAUUAAAAAAUAUACCUGAAACAUUAAAAAUUAAUAUUGAGCUUGAAACAAGUGUUAAAUUGGGUAAAGAUAUAGCAUUACCUGAUUAUAAACAAGCAAAAACAAUAAUAGUAGAAAAAAAUGCUUUUGCUUUAACCAGUGAAAAAAUCAUUGAUAUAAAAUGUAAAGGUAAAACUCAUGUUAGCAAACCUGAACAUCAAAGUAUGUUUAAAAAGUACUUUGAUCAAUUUCUUACACCUCAGUUUGUUAAAGUUGAAGGAUUAAAUAAUAUAGAUAAAGCUGUUGAAGAUCCAAGUGAUAAUAAAGUUAUAACAUUUAAGGAAGGUAAUAUGGAUUACUAUGGUCUUUAUAAAUGUAUACCAAAUCAAAGAGAGCAUCAUAUUCCUAUUGAUCAAGCAGAUCAUUUUGUCAUUCUUCCAGAAGACGGUAUGGUUUUGAAACUUCCUGUUCGAGUUCAUCAUCAAGAAACUAUAAAUUCUUGGUGUAUUCUAGAAUAUCCAAAUUUUGCCAAACUAGUACAAGUAUCUAUGGAGUUUCAAGGUAAAAAAACAGUAACAAGUUUAAAUGAAUUAUAUCUAAGUGAUCAUUUUAUUCUUAAUGAAGAAAAAAAAAGAAUUGAAUUUAAAACAAUUUUACGCAAAGGUGAUAUUAUGAAAUGCAGUUAUGAUACUGUAUAUGGUACCAGAUUAACAACAUCUUUCAAUUUUGACAAUGAAAAAGAAUUAAUGAAAGGUAAAGCGGCGGAAACUGUUAUAUAUACAGAUAGAACUACAUUUAUAGUUGUUGCUGUAGUUGCCUUUGUAGUUCUGAUUGCUGCCGCUGUUGCUGUAUUUCUCUUUAUAAGAAUUAAAAGAAAACGUCGCAUGAGAUCAGAAGAAUGUUCAUUAUCAGGAAGUUUAUCAAAAACAAGUAAAUCUAAAAAAAGUAAAUCAUCCAAAAGUAAGAGCAAUUCAAAAUCAUCAAAAAGUAAUAGUUCAACUUCUAAAUCUAAAAAAAGUAAAUCAGCAUCUAAAUCACAAAUUAAACCAACUGUAACUUUAUCAGCAAGAUAA